AUCUUUCUUCUUCAACCAGUACCACCGCUGAAGAGUUCCGAUAAGGACUGGAGCGCAAGGUGAUUGUAACGGACCCAGCGCUCCAUCAGAAACAGCGUAAGCACCUGCUCUGCUAUCCAGUUAUCGACAAGACAACGCCCAAAGCGGUUGGGCAUUCUGACCGGUGCCGAAAUCCAAACGUAAAGUGUUUAGUGUGUGGUCUGACUAGUGCUACUUGCCAUAUCCCGCAGAAGUGCAUAGUGUUUCGGUGCAUGCUGUAGUGUUCUGCGGAGGAUCGUCUAGAAUUGUGUUGGGGAGCUAGUGUAGCUCCAACAUUUGUUUGUGUCUAUCCGUGUGAUACCUUCAACAAGCAAUCGAGCGCGAAUAGCACCACAGCACAGCCAUGCGGUGGAAGUUACUUCUGCUGCUUUUCUGUGCGGUAUCGCUGAUCUCUCUAUCAACCAAUGCCGUCGCAGAGGAGUACGACCAAGAUCAAGAUGACGCAACGAGUGGUGAGGAUGAUUACGGUGCAGUAGUGCCGGAAAGUGAAGAUCAAACAGAGGCGGAGCAAAGCGAUCCGAGCGAGGACGACCAAGAAAACACCGAUCAAAAACCGAACGAGGACAUUGUGGACGUGGAUACGGCGGGUGGUGACGAGGUUAAGGAUAAGAAGGGUAGAUACUACAACUACGAUGACUUUUUGUCUGGCCUUGAUCUAUCCGAUACCAACUACAACUGGGAAGAUCCAAUAAAUCGCGUUCAGCCCAAAGAACCUCCGAAUCAUAGCAUUGAUGGUGGAUAUACGAUCAAUCCGACACGGCUAGCACAGAUCCGGCGUAACUUCCUGUACCCGUUCUAUGAUCGCGGUGGCCCGGAAGAUACUGGCGAUCUUCAGCGUGACAUACACGCCUCAAUGCCGCAGGUCCACAAGAACUUCAACUUUCAGCUGCCCUUCUUUGGCUUCCGGUUUAACUAUACGCGCGUGUCGAUGAACGGAUUUCUGGAGUUCUCCGAUCCACCGGAACACUACACCUACCCGCUGUCCUUUCCGAUCAAGGAUUGGCCGCAGCGUAACGAUCCCUCCUUCAUCGGUAUCUUCUUCUCGAAAUGUCGCAUCGGGCGCAUCUACCAGACGGAUUAUGAUCAGCGUGCGGCCGGUGUGUACUUCCGCAUGGAGCGCGAUCUGAUGACGCGUACUGAUCGCGCAGGUGUGGAGAUGCGUGAGCGUGUCAUGUGGGAUAUACGGGAGGGUGUGGUCGGUUCGGAUACAUUCGUACCGAAGCACGUCAUCAUUACAACGUGGAAGAAUAUGAGCUUCGCCGGUGGUAUUGAUAAUUCACUUUACCGGACUAACUCGUUCCAAAUGGUACUGGCUACCGAUGAAGUGUACACGUACGCUAUAUUUAAUUACGCAGAAAUUAACUGGUCCUCGCAUACGGAAGCCGGUGGUGAUACUACCGGUGGAGAAGGUGGCGUUCCGGCCUAUAUCGGUUUCAAUGCAGGCAACGGUACGCAGGCUUACGAGUAUAAACCUUACAGCCAGGCGUCCGUGUUGCGCGAUCUGACGGGGCGUGGUUGGGCGAACGGGUUCCCAGGUCGUCACAUCUUCCGUAUCGACGAGCGAAUUAUGCUCGGUACAUGCAACAAGGAUAUUGACGCAUCACAUCUUCCACUGGUGUUUGCACCGGAGUCUGGCAACAUGCUUGGCGGCACGGUGGUCAACAUUACUGGGCCAUGCUUUACCCGGGAGGAUCGUAUCGCGUGUCGGUUCGAUACGGAGGAAGUCGUCGGUACGGUCGUCGACACGAACCGUGCCAUCUGCAUUCAACCGUUCCUCAAAGCACAAGGUUACAUCCGCUUCGAGAUCUCGAUCGGUACGGACCGGUUCAAGUGGCGCGGGCGAUACUUUGUCGAGACGCCGGCAACCGCCACCGACCGUAUCUUCUUCGAGACGGACGAUGUGCAUCGGCGCAAUCCAAACGAGAUCCGCAUCACCUGGAAUCGCUUCAAUCUGACGACGAACCUGAACGCUAACGUGCAGAUAUCGCUGUGGGGUUACCGCGAGGCAACCAUUCGCCCAGAGCUGGAGUUUAUCGACAUGAUUGAGACGCAGCUCACUAAUACGGGUGCGUACACGAUCGUGCCGGCAAACUAUCGCAUGCGGGACAACCCACGCACCGUCGACAUGCAGUUCGGUUUCAUUCAGAUUAAUCUCACCAACCCGGAGCAGUUCAACAAUCUAAGAAUUUCGCCCAUUUUGUGGUCUAAACCGAUUCCCCUUGGAUGGUACUUCGGUCCGCAAUGGGAGCGUAUACAUGGUCGAAACUGGCCUCGGGCACUCUGUGAAAACUGGCUGCGUACGGAUCGAUUUUUACGAAACUUUGCCCAUGAGUUACCAAUCUGUCCGUGUAUGCUGGAACACGCACUGCACGACAAGGGCCGCUUCCUGCCCGAUCCGGACUGUGAUCGAGACUCUAAUCCGACCUGUUUGCAGCACCGUGGUGCGAUACACUGCGUACGAUCUGGUCAACCGACGAUCCAAGGCUCAGAGCAGCAGUGUUGCUACGAUCGUAACCAAUAUCUGAUGCUUUCGUACGAUCAGAUGUGGGGUUCUCGACCACGCCGCAAUCACAACAUCGGUCAGAUACCGUGGAAUGAAGCAAACAAGGUACCGACACUGUCGUCCUGGUUCCACGAUGUACGUCCAUACUACUCCUGCUGCAUGUGGCAGGAUGAGCAGGCGGUCGGAUGUGAAACGUUCCGGUUUGAGCGUCGUCCUUCGCAGGACUGUAUCGCAUACCAGUCGCCUGGUGUUGCCGGCGUAUUUGGCGAUCCACAUAUUGUCACGUUCGAUGGACUCCAGUACACGUUCAACGGCAUGGGUGAGUUCGUGUUGCUGCGGGGUAAUAAUGGACAGGAACGCAUCGAUGUGCAGGGUCGGUUCGAGCAGGUCGCACGCAACAUCCACGGACCAGUGAUGGCAACGCAGCUGACAUCGAUUGCAGCACGCGGUAACACGUCCACCAUUAUUGAGGUGCGCUUAAGACCACGGGAAGCACAAUGGCGCUACCGGUUGGAUGUGUUUGCCGACCAGCGCCGUAUCUACUUCGAUCGGCAGAGUCUCAAGUUCCAGCACUUCCACGGUGUUACCGUGUACACGCCGACGUACAUUCUGAACCAAUCGGAGGUUGUCAUCAUGUUCUCGUCCGGCGUCGGUGUGGAGGUGGUAGAAAACAAUGGCUUCAUGACGGCACGGGUUUAUACACCUUGGAGCUUUAUCAAUAAAACGACUGGUUUGUUUGGCAACUGGAGUUGGGAUAUGGCCGACGAUCUCGUAACACCUGGCGGAGCGAUAAUAACACCCAAUAUAAACAACUUCCAGAAUGUACACGAACAAUUUGGGAUACACUGGAUGUUAACGGAUCGCGAGAUAGAUAAUGUGGGGCAGGCAUUAUUUACGCGAGAGUUCGGUCGAACGUCUAGUUAUUUUGCAAAUACUAGCUUUGUGCCGAACUUUGUACGUGAGCCGAGCCAAUUCUUACCACCGAACCGAACGCAGGAUGUGCAGCGUGCGGAAGAGUUGUGCGGCCAGAGCUACCAAUGUCGGUUUGAUUACGGUAUGUCCUUGAGCCGGGAGAUGGCACACUUCACCAAAAACUAUCAUGCGAGUGUGAUUAACAUACAGACGGUAAACGAUAAACGUAUCAUAUCGUGUGGUAUUCUGGAGACGCCUCGGUUUGGACGUAAGUCUAACUUCCUCUUCACACCCGGUGCACGCGUAUCCUUCGAGUGUAAUGAAGGCUUUUUCCUAAUCGGCGACUCACGUCGCAUCUGCAUGGAGAACGGCCAGUGGGACGUGCCGGAGUACGGAUACACGGAAUGUUUGCGUGGUGUGUUCUAUUCGCGUCGUACGGCUUGGAUUGCGAUUGGCAUUGUCAUUGCUGUUAUCAUACCGUUGAUGCUGUGUAUCGUGUGCGGCGUGUACUGCUUGCGCAAGCGUAAGCGCAAGGAAGACCCGGACUGGCGUUUGCCGCUUCCGUCCCGUUCCGGCUCUCGGGCAACACUGCGCAAGGGCGAUGACAGCGAGUUCGACGAUACCACGAUUAAGAAGACGCUACGGUACGAUGCCACCUACCGGACGAAUGAACCACUCGAGGGCAAACCCAACAUCCAGUUCGAGCCGAAGAAGAUGGACCUGGACGAAGAAGAUAUUACAUCCUCGGAAGGAGGUGAAUAUAGCGCUAAGGUUGCACGCGAUAUCGAGUAUAAAAACCUGGCUGAUCAAAAACAACUAGGUCGGCGUAGUCAGCGCGGGCUGCAGCAGGCGGGCAUGUUCUCUGGCGAGGAGGAGGAAGACGACGACCCGAAGGGAUAUCCGCCGCCACCACCACCCGUGACGAUGGCCCAGCAGCAACAGCAGCGCCAGCAACAGCAGGCGGGAGCGGAGUCACCCACCCAGACGUACGGUGCCUACAGCCCAACCUUCAGCGAUAUCGACCAGGUCAGCAGCUUCGCCACCGAGGACAACUCACCGCUGAAUCAACGCCGACCACAGAACGGCAACCUGUCACCGAUGCCCAACACUAGCCGCAGCUACUACACCGGCGAACAGGGCCCAACGACACCAUUGGUGCAGAAUGUUGGACUGCCCAAUCGCAUGGACAGUCGCUCGACCGAGGUUUAACGAGAUGUAUCUUGACAGACGAAACACGACAUCUUCAUUGUAUCAGUAUAAUACGAGUACAUACCGACACACACACACAUACACAGACAAAAACACGCGCACACAGACGCACACACAACUAGUGGGUCAGUGUUGUGUGUUCUUUAUUUUUUUCUUCAAAAUAUGUCCAUGGCAGUCAUGAGGUAGGAGAGUUUUGUGUAGUUUUCAGCACACUAAGAAAAUAGCAUUACAGUUUGCAUGACUUCAGUACUCUGUUAGUAAGAAAACCCAUCAGUUUUGAAUUUAAUCUUAUCUUCUUUUUUAAGUACGACACCAGACAGUGAAGUUAGCGAACCAGGCAUAUAUAUAUUUAGCAAAAACCCCCUAUCAAGCGCAAGGGGCCAUGUUUUAUUGAAGUGUUCUGAUAAGAUAAGCGCAAAACCCCUUGAACAGGUGUGCUCUGCGUAUAUGCUUCAGCCAACCUAAGGUAUGUGGCCGGAGUAGUUGUUUCAGCUCCAUCCUUUGACAUUACGACAAGUCACCGCGUUGUGGUACAACACUUAUAUAGAGAUCCAUACCUCCCGUACACGCCUUUAAUGGCGACAGCGGUAUCCUCAAAUGCACAGCACAGCAAUGGCAAUGCCUAUUUCAUGUUCAAGCUAGUACCAUCCUAAAUUUUGAAACACACCACGUUUUAGGUGCAUUAGGAAGUCCCGUCGGACGGAAAGUGGGAGAAUGGGAACCGUUCAUUUGCAUUCUUCAUUCUCUUUUCUCCCACGUGUCAUUGCAGGUGGGGAAGAGUUCGUUGCACGCAAUACGAGCACGUCGUUCGGUAUCGUGCUGAUAAUAGUCAUCCCGAUACUGCUCAUCGUCAUACUAAUAGUGCGCUACAAAAUCAAACACUUUCAACGUAGGUCCGGUGAGAAAAGCAGUAACAGUUUCUAGUAGCAAUAGGGUAUUUUCACAUAGUACACGCCUCUAAUCAGUACCCCGUCUGGUAUGUGCCUAUCGAUUACUAAGCUUAGCGUAAAGUGUAGACAAUAAGGACUGUGUUUCUACCUUCCCCCUUAAACUACUUCUAGGUCUAUAUAUUUUUUCUGUGUUUAAUAUAAGGUUUUGUUUGGAACGGAGAUAAAAUGUACGCACCGCGUACUCAAGUGCCAAACCCGUCAAGUUGAUUCAUUUUCGUCCGGAUCGGUACACAGCUAGGCAGCAAAACGACAUGCGAGAUAGCAAGUAAUUGGAAUGCUUCUCACAAUGUUUCACAAUCUUUACCAGAAAAAGCAACGAAAGAGAUUUAGUCCCUACUAAGAUAUGAUUGAUGAAAUGACAAUUCUACAACAAUAGCUUUCAACGACUUGCAAUCCAAGGUAACAAUCUUUUAAGUACGGAAAUAUCACAAACAAACGUCUGACCCAUACUGAAACGAAUCAAUAAAAGAUUAAGUUUUUAUCCAACUCAA